CUCAGUCUCUCCCCUCAAGGUUUCUACAGCUUAGAGAGGCUGCAUAAAACAGCUCAGCUCUCGAAUCACUGAAGUUGUGACAAGGGCUAAGAAGGAGCUCGUAGAAGAGAGGCCCAGCCCCGGGGCUCUGAGCGCUCUGGGAAAUGGACUCCGAACAGCGAGUUGAAAGGAGGGAGGAAUUGAAAUCCUGCUUAUCUAUGAAAUGCAGUUAACACAACAGCUAGACCUAUUUCCCGAAUGCAAGGUGACCCUUCUGUUAUUUAAAGAUGUAAAAAAUGCUGGAGUCUUGAGAAAAAAGGCCAUGGAAGGCGCCAUCGUUGGAUCAUUAAUUAACCCUACAAUGAUCAUCGAUCCAUUUCAGGUAGUUGUGGCAGCAAACAAAGCAGUUCACCUCUACAAACUGGGAAAAAUGAAGACGAGAACUCUAUACACUGAAGUUAUUUUCAACCUUUCCCCAAAUAACCAUAUUUCAGAGGCUUUGAAAACAUUUGGUACCUCAGCAAAUGACACUUCAAUUCUAAUUGUUUACAUUGAAGAUGGAGAAAAACAAGUAGAUCAAGAAGACUUGCUAUCCCAGAUAGAAGGUCAUCAAGUUUCUCUGGAAAAUCUUCCUGAAAUAACAAAUGUUACAGAAGUUAGAAAGGUAUAUAAAGUAUCUUCACCAGAAGAAAGUAUUGGGACAUUAUUGGAUGGUGUCAUUUGUAGAAUGUCAACAAAAGAUGUUUUGUGAAAUGAGAGAAAUAUAAUUUUCUGCAUUUAUAAAAAACAUUGAUUUUCCUUUUAUGUUAAAAUCAUUUGUAUUUGUAUAUGUUCAUUGUAGAAAAAUUUAAAGCGCAUUGAUAUAACAAAGGGAAAAAACCGACUUCUACCUCUUAAUAUUUUAAAAGUUUGCCACUGUUACAAUUA